GGCCUGUACAUGUCUCUGCGUAGAAGAGGCGCGCAGAAAAGCAGAGACGAGGCGUUCCUGGGAAGCCGAAGCAUACGGGCUCUUCCUCUAGCCUUGUCCAUGCUGGCAUCAAGCAUCACGGCUGCGGGCAUCAUUGCUUUCGUGGCUCAUUACUACCACCACGGCUUCCAUACCCUUUGGGCCAUACCUGUCUUUAUACCAGUGGGACUCAUCGUGACGUACUUAUUCCUGCCUGUGCUGUACGAGUUGAAGGUCACUUCCAUAUUCGAGUAUCUCCGCAUGCGCUAUGGGAACAGCGUUGGGCUCGCAUCAUCUUUGAUUUACUUCGUGCUAAGCCAAACUUUGGGGGCUGUCACCAUCUACGCUGCUGCUGUCGCCAUGACCACAAUGCUCCAAAUACCACUGACCAUCUCUUGUAUUGUGCUUGGCGUCGCUGGAACCACUUAUACUGCUCUCGGUGGCCUCCGGAGCGUCGUAUGGGCUGACUGCGUGCAAGCUGUGAUUAUGACCGGGUCGCCACUAGUUAUCAUCGGGAAGAUUCUGUAUGACUCUUCCAAUGGCGUCGAGUCACCGCGGCCCCUGAAUGAUCUGGACAUCUCGGCUUAUUUCCUUCGAGUUGAUAUGGACCUCACCACGGACGAAACCGUCUGGGCUGCCUCAUUAGCAGCCUUUCCAUUCCAGCUCACACGAAUUGGCAUGGACCAGAUAAUCGCGCAACGAUUCUUGGCCGCGAGAUCCUUGUCAGAUGCGAAAGUAGUUACGUUUUUGGGUGUCUUUUUGGUGUCCCUCUUUUACGCCAUCAUUGGCUUGACAGCUCUGGCUGUUAUAUACUGGUUCCGUGACUGCGACCCCGUCCUUUCCGGUGCAAUAUCUCGCUAUGAUCAGAUAGUCCCCUACUAUAUUAACAAAAGUAUUGGUUCUGUUGUUGGUGUGCGAGGUUUAUUCUUGGCUGGAGUCGUAAGCGCUUCUAUAAGCACAGUGUCCUCCGUCGUAAACUCCCAUGCGGCUGUAUUGUACAUUGACGUUGUGUCACCGAACUUCCGGAUACCGGAAAAUAAAUCUGCUCUAGUAAUAAUUACCCUAGCGGCCGGAAGUGGCACCAUCAUGACGUUGAGUGGCCUCUUGCUUCCUUACGUCAGUUCUGCUGCGAAGUUUUUUAUUUCACUGUAUGCUGCCGCAUCGGGACCAUUUUCGGGGAUCAUCAUUCUUGCAUUUCUUUUACCAUGGGCUAACGCUAAGGGCACGGCUGUCGCCGCGGUGGGUGUCUUCAUCGUCCAAAUAUGGCAGACCACUGGGCGCUUCGUCUCCAAAAUAGCACCAGUCUCGAUGCAGUACACCCUGGACAGGUGUGCCAACAAGUCAGUAGUCAAUACCACGGCACCAUCGCUGCUUGACGACAAUACCGGCACAGCCGAACAGUAGCCGGAAGGAGACUCUUCGCCUUACGAGUCCACUCAUGGUAAAGCUUUGGCGUAGAGUGGGGUUGAUGCCGUCUUUAAUGCAGGAUCAUGUUUGCGUCACAGUCAACGGGCGAGAGGGCAAUGGCACAACUACGGAAUUAAGACCUUUGCGGACCGAAGAAAGCUUUGCAUGAACAGGUUGAACUUCUUCCGCGGCUGUAAGACAGACACGUAUGAUGUGUUUGUCCAUGUAUUGUCACAAGCUUUUGCGUAGUAAGUAGGAAGUUUUUGAAUGACGUAAUUCGCGCGAGUGA